GAGCUGUCCAGAGGUUAGAGGACAGGAGCAGACUCUGUGUAAGCACAUUUGUCAGUCAUUAACACAAUUUAAACAGAACCUCCACCAUCCCUGCUCUUUAUUAUUCAGUAAAUGUUCAUAUCUUCUCCGAGGAGGAAACAGAGGAAACACAUAUUUACUUUGACCAUGGCGAAGACACUUUUCCUCUGCUUUGUGUUGAUCUUCCUCUGGGCUUUACCUGCUGGCUGUAUGUCAGUUUUUCAUAGCCCUCCGCAAGCACACAUGCUCCUGCGUUCAAGAAGAGCGUACAGCUUUCUGGAAGAACUCAAGCCUGCAUCUUUGGAGCGAGAGUGUAUCGAGGAGCGGUGUGACUUCGAGGAAGCUAGAGAGAUCUACCAGACCAGAGAGGCCACUCUAGCGUUUUGGACGGUGUAUGCAGAUGGGAACCAGUGCAUCCCAAAUCCCUGUGAGAACGGAGUUUGUGUGGAUCAGUUCCAGAAGUACGUUUGCGUCUGCAACCCUGGUUAUGAAGGAAAACACUGUCAGCUGGUUAGCUCACACACCAACUGCUCGGUGGACAACGGAGGCUGUGACCACAACUGCCACGAGAUAAAGGACAAGCUCGGACGCUACUGCAGCUGUAUUAAUGGAUACGUGCUCCAGGAAGACUCCAAACAGUGCGUUCCAAAAAGUCAGCAGUCUUGUGGACAGAUUCUGCUCGCUAAAUCGAUCUACAGACAGAAGCCCAUUGAAGGUCUACAGCCUUGGAUCAUGGGGGGUGAAGUUGGAAAAAGGGGAGAGAGUCCCUGGCAGGCUCUUAUAUUGAACUCCAAAGGAAAAUUUCACUGCGGUGGCGUCCUGCUUGAUGAAGUCUGGGUUCUUACUGCUGCUCACUGUCUCGAGAGAUUCAGCCUCUUCGCUGUCAGACUGGGUGACUACAAUCGUUACGAGUUCGAAGGAUCCGAGUUCACCGUUUCCGUGGUGAAAAUCAUCCCCCAUCCAAAAUACAAUAGAGAAACACUGGCCAACGACAUAGCUCUGAUGCGCUUAAAGUUGCCCGUAACAUUCAGCACGUACAUCGUCCCUGCGUGUCUGCCGAGUCAAGAUCUGGCCGAGCGCGUGCUCCACCUCAACGGCACAAUGACGGUGGUGACAGGCUGGGGCACAGAAACCGAAGGCGCAGAAUUAUACAGCACAGAACUCAAACACAUCAACGUGCCACUGAUGGACCAAUCCGAGUGUGCGCACCACAUGGUCAACAACCUGACGGAGAACGUACUGUGCGCCGGCAGCAUCGGGAGCAUCGACGACGCAUGCAAGGGAGACAGCGGCGGCCCGAUGAUGACGCUGUACCGCAACACGUGGUUCCUCAUCGGCCUCGUAUCCUGGGGCGAGGGCUGUGGCCACACGGACAAACUGGGCAUCUACACCAAAGUCUCCAACUAUCUGGAGUGGAUCGAUAGCGUGAGGAAUCAUCCGUGAUCGAAUCCCAUCAGUCCAACUCUCAUCUGCAUAUCAUGUCAGAUUUAGUUAUGUCUUUAGUUAGGCAUAGACAUGAAACCUUGUUAAGUGGCUGUUUGAGGACAAUAAUUAGACUCUCAGGCAGUGCAACUAUGAAUUAUUAAGACUUUAGUCCCUUGGAUCGCUCAUGUCCAUGCUUGCCUCCCUCGUCUUCACACAACAUUACAAGCCAAAUGACCUACUGUUUUUUUUCCUAAUAAAAUCAGUGUUUUUAAACCAAAUUAA